AUGAGUAGUGAUUAUUCAGAUGAGAGUGAGAAGGUAAAGUAUCCAUCAUUUGUUCCUCCUAAGAAGUUCAAUGACUAUAAGUGGGUGUUAGGAAGCUUGUUUUCAACAAGGGAAGAGUUCAAGGAAGCUGUAGCAAGUUAUGCUGUUCACAAUGGUAGGGAUUUAAGAUACCUGAAGAAUGAUAAGACUAGAGUCAGAGUGGGUUGCAAGGAAGGUUGUGGAUGGGUGGCUUUGUGUUCUAAAUUGCCACAUGAGGAUACUUGGCAGUUAAGAACAUUAAAUGAUAAUCACACUUGUAGUAGAGAGUAUAAUGUUAGGAUGUUUAAUACAAACUGGCUAGGGAAGAAGUUGUAUUCAACAGUUAGAAUUAACCCCAGUGUCAAACUGACUGCUAUUUGUGACAAAGUACAUGAAAAAUGGAAUGCUGGAAUGAAUAGGAUGAAAGCUUACAGGGCAAGAAAGGCAGCAUUAGAUAUGGUUGAAGGGUCUUUCAAGGAACAAUAUAGAAGACUUUAUGACUAUACACAUGAGCUACUAAGAUCUAACCCAAACAGCACCAUUAAGAUCAAUGUCCAAGCAACUGAUGUGAAUCCUACUGAAUUUGAACAACAACCAGAAGAUUAUGUUAGCAGGCCAUUACUACCAAGCUUCCAUAGACUUUAUAUGUGCCUUGAAGCUUGCAAGAAAAGUUUCCAAGUUUGUAGACCAAUAAUAGGAAUAGAUGGAUGUUUUCUCAAGGGCAACUAUGGUGGGCAGGUUCUUGCAGCAGUUGGGAGAGACCCCAAUGAUCAAAUGUUGCCCAUUGCAAUGGCUGUAGUUGAAGCUGAGACAAAAGAUUCUUGGGCAUGGUUUUUUGACCUGCUAGUUAGAGACUUGGGAGGACCAGAAGUAUGUAAGAAAUUCACUUUCAUUUCAGAUCAGCAGAAGGUAACAUUAUUGUCUUAA